AACCCAAUGUAGAGAAGUACAGAUUAAUUCACAAUGACUCAUUUGAUCGAAUUGAACAUCUUGAGUUCCCACUAAUGACUCGUCGUCGUAGUCGUAUUCACAACUGUACAUUUAUCGGUUAUGCGAAUGAUUUGUUUUGCCUUUAUGAAAAAAAAAAACGCUUUAUUCUAUUCUAAUCCCUCUAUUAGAAAAUGUAUUAUCCUUCCUAAGCAUUGCAUUAAGAUUAAGACAGAUGGUCUUGUUCAAUGUCAUUCAGCUUUCGGGUUUGAUCCACGGACAAAUGAUUAUAAGGUGGUGAUAAUUGCACUUUCGUAUAAUCCGUAUUAUAUGAAAAAGGAGCCAACUCUGGUUGAGGUUUACUCUCUUAGUGAGGGUUCUUGGAAAAUGAUUGAUGCUAGCAACUCUUUUCCACCUAAUAUUCGUUUUGAUGAGUAUAAAUGUCCGGCAGCUUCUUUAAAUGGGGCUAUCCAUUUCACAGUAAAGGUUAAGCUGAAUUUUACUGAAUUAGCAGUUUUAUCGUUUGAUUUGAGGGAUGAGGUUUUUCAUGUGAUAUCGUUGGCAAAUAGUACAAGCAGGCACGGAUGUAUUAAGGCUUCAGUAUUUAGGGGAUUACUUUCCCUAAUAUGCCAAAGGAGUACACCCAGCAAAUGUUGUUCUAUUUGGGUGAUGAAAGAGUAUGGAGUUGUUGAUUCUUGGACUGAACAGUUUACUUUUGAUCACAGUGGAGGAUAUUUAUCAGUAAUUGGUCUCCGGAAGAAUGGUCAUGUAUUAAUGAAGAAUAUGGAGCGUAUGCUACAAAAGGGCCCCCGUGUCAUCGAAGAAGGAAAUAUAGAACCUUCUUACACGUUCUCUUCGUAUGACCCUGUGAGCCAACAAUUUAAGAAUUUGGGGACUAUUGGGAAGACAUUACAAUGUGUUGAUAAUUAUACUGAGAACCUUGUCUUACUCCGCAAACCAAAUGAUGCAGUUUCAAGUAAGGGAGUGAGCAGGAAGAGGAAAUGCAGGUAAUAACACUACAUAGAAUAGAAGGAUUCAGUGGUGAAAUGUAGCAGCCAGUGUUCUUAAUGUCUAAAGCUUUUUUUUUGCCCUAUUCUAAGCUCUGUCUAAAGCCCGUUUGGAUUGGAUAAUUUUAAAUUUUAGAC